AUGAAGAGGAAGAAGGAGAUGAAGGCUCUCAGGACGGAGAAUGAACGUCUGAAGAGCCGCGUGGCCCACCUGGAGGAGCGGGUGGGCCAGCUCAAGCAGCAGCUACGCUUCUACGAGUCCAUCACCGCCGCCCACUCGCCCGACAACAACGCCACACGCCCUCCUUCAUCUUCCUCUACUCCCUCUACUUCCUUCGCAGACGACACCUCGUGGAACAGCAGCAGCAGCAGCAAGGCCUCCACCCCCAAGGAGGUGACGCUGUUGAAAAGGAAGAGUAGCGGUGGCGUUGCACGAAGGAACACCCUUGGCUCUUCCUCCCCCACCCCCACCACCACAUCUUCAGCAGAAGGAGGAGACCAACAAGAGAAGAAAAGUAGCAGCGGCGGCGGCAAGGCCAAGCCGGUGGUCCCGCUCCUGCGUAACAUGAGCGCCGACAGCGGCGACGCCCAUCCGCUGGUCUCCCGGUCGAGCACCGUGGUGAGCCCCUCGGGCAGCGCGCGACGCAUGAGCAUGACCGACGGCCGCUCGCUCACCGGGUCGUCGUGGCUCAGCGGCUCCGGCUCGGGCGACUCCCUCGAGGCCAUCAUGUCCGCCAGCGGCGAGCUCACCAUGCGCCGCAAGACCGUCGGCUGGUCCGACUCCACCAAGCCCAUCACCUCCCCCAGUAGUGGUGGUAGUGACAAUCUCACUGGUCAGCCCACUGACUGCGAUCUGGACUCUAGCGACGACAACAGCAGCAGUCUCAGCGGCAGCGGCAGCGUCAUCCUCGAUCACAACAACAACAACAACAACAACCACAACCACAACAAGGCUGGGAGCAACCCGGGCUCGCCUUUGCAGGAGCGACACAACAACAACAGCAAGGAGGUGGUGGGCUCGCCGUCGGCGAGGGACCAGGCCCAGAGACUGAGGCAGGAGCGGCGGGAGAAGGUGGAGGCCGAGUUCCGGGCGGUGCAGGCGGCGUGGGCAGGCGAGGCCGAGGGGGUGCAGUCGGAGGACGAGGUGGUGGAGCCCCACCCGUUCGACGAGCCCGACCUGCCGACCAACAUCAUCUUCAAGGACACGAGCCAGGCCAAGGCCCACCGACGCCCGACCCUGACCGACAACUCCCAGCCCGCCGAAGCGACGCUGGCUUCCGACGCGUUUCCGACCACUGCGGCGGCAAGCAUGUCGUCGAUCGCGGCGGUGGCUGAGGUGACCCCGAUGCCGUCGUCCGCGGCGCAGGCGCAGUCGCAGUCGCCUGUGCUCUCGCCGAGGCGUGAGGGCGUUGUGACGGUGACCGAAGAGACGGCGGUCGCGCAGAGCACAGCGCCAAAGGCCGACGCGCUGCGAAUCCGGGCAGGCACGCUCCACAAGCUCAUCGAACGGCUACUCGGCGACUACGUUGAUCUCGAUCCACCAUUCCUGGGCGCGUUCCUACUCACGUACCGAUCAUUCACGACGCCCGAUGAGCUGCUGGAUCUGCUCAUCCAACGGUGGAACAUCUCGCCAUCGCCGCCCACCCACAAGGAGGCCACCAAGCUCCAGUUCCGCAUUUGGUUGGUGUUGAAGACGUGGGUGUGCGACUACUUCGCCCAGGACUUUGAGGAGAACCCGCAGCUCACCAACCGACUCCACAAGUUCGUCUUCCUCCGCUCUCUGCCCAGCCCGGCGACCAAGCUCAUCGCGCAGCUGCAGCGGCUGGUGGCGGGCGACGAGGUGAAGAUGGAGGUGAUCGUGGACGACAUGCCCAAGCCGAUACUGCCCCGCUCCCGCUCCUUCCGCCGACUCUCGUUCUCGCUCAGCCAGCGAGCCCGGAUCGACCUCGCGCCCCUGUCCAGGUUCAUGGACUUCCACCCGCUCGAGCUCGCGCGACAGCUCACCCUCGUGGAGAGCUCCUUCUUCCGCGAGAUACAGCCGAAGGAGUGUCUCAAGCUGUGCUGGAGCGUUGACAAGGCCAAUGCGCCCAACAUCUUGGCUCUGAUCAACCACUUCAAUGCUUUGAGCGGCUACAUCAAGGUGGAGAUUCUCAAGACGGUGGACUGCAAGCAGAGGGCCAAGGUGUUGGAGUAUUUCCUGCAGGUGGGCAAGUGCUGCCAGGAGCUGUCCAACUUCAACGCGCUGAUGGAGAUCACGUCAUCGCUCAAUGCGGCGGCUGUACAUCGACUCAAGAACACAUGGAAACUGGUGAACAGCAAGUACGCCGGCUGGAAGGAGGAGUGGGGCAAACUCACCCUCAACAACUACGUCCGGCUGAGGGAGGCACAGAUGCAAGCCGAGCCACCAUAUCUACCCUAUGUGGGCAUCAUCCUGUCAGAUCUCACCUUCAUCGAGGAGGGCAACAAGGACUUUGUGAUGGUGGGUUCAGAGCACUCGCUGAUCAAUUUUGAAAAGAGAAGGAAGGUCGCCACCGUUCUGACACGGCUCCAACAGCGGACGCCGUUCGGGUUCCGUGUGGUGCCGCAGAUCUACGGGGCGCUGCAGCAGGAGAUCGUGUUCGACCCGGAGGAGAUGGACGACAACCACCUCUACCAACUCUCCCUCCAACGCGAACCACGCAAUGACAACAAGCCAGCGGCCAAGGAGUGA